AUGUCCUUCCAUACAGACCCGGUUGCCGCCCAAUUGUGGCCGCCGCCAACGCUUUCUGCCGCCUCCGACUCGGAUGCUUCGAGUCUGACCGAGUCCUUGAUACAGAAGUUUCAACACGAGUUCACCAGCACAGACCAUUCUGCGGGCAAAGUUGUUGCCACCCACCCGUCGAAACACCGCAUUCGCAGCAUGAGACUUGGAUCGCCGAAAAAACGUGCAGACCGCCCUUCUUCGCGUGCUCGUUUGCAGUCCUUGUUUAAAAAGACAAAGAAAGAGCUUCCUGAAUCACAGCCAGUUGAGGAGCGAACGGUGGUUUUCCAGUGCGACGCAGCUAAAAUCACCUCGUACGACGUUGCCUCCGAUCGCUUGAAACCGGUCUCCUCAGGACGAAGUCUCGGACACGGCCAGUUCGAGAUAUACCAAAUCAACAACAAGAGCGUGACGUAUUUCUCGUGCGGGUCGGUGGUUUACCCGAUAAUGCAGAAACUCAAGGUUCUCAAGAUCAGCAGAAACGAAUUCAUUGUCCCAUUGUACAAUCCAGAAAGAUACUGGAAAAUAACGCUAAUCACAGACAACACAGACACUUUGCGCGAGGCCGACGAAGCGUUCGACGGUGUUUGCCAGUUCAAAACAGUCUAUGACGAAGAAUUGCAUGACGAACGUGUUGAGUUGCCCCAACGUGUGGCUUCACAGGACACUGUUCAGUCGUCGUCGCAGCUCAGUCCGUCGUACUCGUCCUCGUCGCUCAACUCCACGAUCGCGUGUUUCGACAUCGGCGACGAGGUGGAAACCAAGGACCACGAUUUCCUGCAACAUCCCAUCCCGAUCAAGCUGCGGUCUGUGUCGUCGUCGCUGGACUCUGUGCUGGACAGGUUCCAGAUCGAAUCUGACGAGGAGGACAAGCAGGAACAGACGCCAGCGACGCCGCCGAUGGACGAGAACGAGUCGACGAUGACGGCGAGCGAUUUGCGCAGCGAGCUGCGUGGCCGGUCCAUUAACAAACGGUACUCCUUGACGUUCAAAGCGUGCGACGUGAGUUUAUCCACGGUGGACCUUGAUCUCGACUUUUUAAGAGAAGAGGACGAGUCCGCGCCGAUCAACGGGUCGACGAUUCUUCGCGGGUCGCAGUCGAUGCAAAUGCUGCGUCGGUCCUCGCCUCAGCAAACAUGGACAAACAAGCUGUUUGGAUGGUGA